CCCGGCCCGGGCUGCGGCUCAGCUCUCAGAGGGAGUCGAGCGCCAGGCAGCGGUCACAAGCCAAGCCCCCCGCCAGCAUGGCCAGCGAAUUCAAGAAGAAGCUCUUCUGGAGGGCAGUGGUGGCUGAGUUCCUGGCCAUGACCCUCUUCAUCUUCAUCAGCAUCGGUUCUGCCCUGGGCUUCAAUUACCCGGUGAAGACCAACCAUACAAACGCGAUCCAGGACAAUGUGAAGGUGUCCCUGGCCUUCGGGCUGAGCAUCGCCACGCUGGCCCAGAGCGUGGGCCACAUCAGCGGCGCCCACCUCAACCCGGCCGUCACCCUGGGGCUGCUGCUCAGCUGCCAGAUCAGCGUCUUCCGGGCCAUCAUGUACAUCAUCGCCCAGUGCGUGGGGGCCAUCGUCGCCACCGCCAUCCUCUUGGGCACCACCUCUUCCCUCCCCAACAACUCGCUGGGCCUCAAUGCGCUGGCCUCCGGCGUGAACUCAGGCCAGGGCCUGGGCAUCGAGAUCAUUGCCACCCUGCAGCUGGUGCUGUGUGUACUGGCCACCACCGACCGGAGGCGCCGUGACCUCGGGGGCUCGGCCCCCCUCGCCAUAGGCCUCUCUGUGGCCCUGGGACACCUGCUGGCGAUUGACUACACUGGCUGCAGUAUCAACCCUGCCCGGUCCUUCGGCUCCGCGGUGAUCAGCAACAACUUCAAGGACCACUGGGUCUUCUGGGUGGGGCCGUUCAUCGGGGCUGCCCUGGCCGUGCUCAUCUAUGACUUCAUCCUGGCCCCGCGCAGUGGCGACCUCACAGACCGCAUGAAGGUGUGCACCAGCGGCCAGGUGGAGGAGUACGACCUGGACGGCGACGACAUCAACUCCAGGGUGGAGAUGAAGCCCAAGUAGAGGGGGCCUGGCCCGGGCAUCCAUGUGGGGAGCAGGGGCUGGGGUGGGCAGAGGGUGGGGAGGGGUGAAACCCAUAUUGUAGACACUCUGACAAGCUGGCCAAAGUCACUUCCCGAAGCGCGGAGGACGUGCAUGGUCAAGCCUGACUUGGGGCUGUUGCUAUCACUUUCUUUCUCUUUCUCUGUUCCCUGGCCUCGGGGCUUCCUGGAGACCAAGACUUACCACUCACCCACUCCCUUGAAGUCACAGAGGAGGUGAAAGAGAGGGACCCACUCUGCCAAGUUGUCCCUUCAGAGUGUGACGGGAGGUGUGCCAGAAAGUCCCCUUCCUCCCAAAGCAGCUCACCAACUCACCUGCCACAGGUGCCUGGGGGCCGCGAUCAUUGUUUAGUGCCUUGGGGCGUGGCCCUUUCCUGUAACGUGCACUUUGUCCCCCUGGGGUGCUUUGAGGGAAAGAGACCCCAGGAGGGGCCAUGUUAGGAGCAAGGGAUGACAAGCUUUAGCUGCACAGUUUGGUUUGCUUCCAGGGCCCUCCUUUGGAUGUGCCGCAGAACCUUGGGAUGGCCCCUAUCUCGGGGUCUCAGUGACCCCAUCUGUAAAGUGGCAGGGACAGGGAGGGCUCUAUGGGCCUGAGGUCCCGCUCUAGGAUUCUGUAAGUGUAGACACACCGUGGGUUCUGGGAGGCGGAGUCUGGACCGGCGCUGUAUCUUCCAUUAGCGCUGUGUUCUUGUCCCAAGUGCACAGCUGUGGCUGUGCUUCUAGUGAACAUGUGUCGCACGCAUGCGUGUUUCAGAGCAGCGAGCAGCAGACAGCCCGGCCAGUGGAAUCUCCCUCCACAGCGGCCUCGCCAGGCAGCAGCAGGCCAUUCAGAGGUCAAAGGAAGGAUAUCCAUGUUUCCUCAUUGAGUUUUAGUUGGUCUUUUCCACCUGUUGCUGCAGCAUCCUGACCGCUAGUCGGUUCUCCACUCCCUCCUGCCGGAGUAGACACAGGUUGCUGUCACGCAGGUGUGUGCUUUUGAAGGGACAGUUUGUUGUAUGAGGCCCAAAGUCUAAGGACAGAUGACCGUGAGGCGGGUCAUCCACAGAUGCAGAUGCCGUUGCUGGAUCCUUAUGGGGCUUCCAAGUCCCCAGCUGGUUAUGAGGGGGGAGGAAGAACAGACUCCCCCUUACCGCUGAGCUCCUGGCUGGAGGCACUGAGGGCAGCGGGGUGACCUGCACAGGCUCCCCGUGUGACCCAGGCCACCACCCUCCGCCAUCCUCACUCGCCUGGAGGGAGAAUCGGCCCCGACCUGAGGAAGGAGCUGUGGCUGCAGCCCAAGGGCAGUGCGAAGCACAGAGUCUGUUUUGGGGGCAGCAGUCCCCACAGUCCAUUCAAUCCCAGCAGGGCCAGAGCAGGUCCCCCGUGUGCCCACAGCUAUGGUGGUGACAGAAGCUGAGACACAACACCCAGAUAGCUAGAAGCAGGAAGCCCUUCAGUCACCGGCCCAUCACCACAUCGGCACCCUCUCUUCCCCAUUCCCGAGCAGGGACGUCCAGCCCACUUAGCAGAUGAGAAACUGAGGCCCGAGGUCCCACAGCUAGAUUAUGACUUGGCCAGGCCUGGCAACUAAGAACACCUCUCUGGCUAGUACCUGGACCAUGGGAUUGGCCCCUCUCAUCCCCAGCUUCUCAGUUUCUGCCUGGAAUGUGGCCAGGGGCCGGCGGGAGGGCGGAGGGUCACGCCGUGGGGGGCCGGGGGGCCUGCUUUCCUGCCCCGUGCUUGCUGCUGCGCACCAGGGCCCUGCUUCUGUCCGUGCUGCAUAUAUGUCUCUUUGGAAUUGGAGUUUCAUUGUAUGUUAAGGAAAUAAAGGAAAAUGA